UCUCCUUCCUCAAUUUCAAAGGAAUACGUGGAAGGUUAUUCUACUUUGACAGGAGUAUUUUCACUACGUUUAGGGGUUUAUCGUUUAUACUUGCAUUAAACACACUGGCUUAUUCUUUGGUAGAAAGUGCUGGAAUGCCCUGUGCACAGGUCGUGCAGCUGGGAGACGCUUGUGGCCUUUGCAGACCUGCCCGGGGAGGAGGAAGUUCCCCGGGACAACACUUCCUAAGUUCCCUGAAUUUGGACACGAACCCUCAAAGUCCCAGCAUGUGAGAAACCCAUGGAAACAUUGAAAAGUUAUCUUUAAAGUAAAUAGAGAUGUGCUUGGGUCACUUAAGCUCUGAGAAAAGCGCGGUGUGAAAACACAAGCGGUAUUUCUGCAUUUCACGUGUUUGUUACUCAGAAAACCUGGGAAAUGUUCAUUUGUAAGGUAUCAUUUGUUUACAGCUAAGUGAGUCAAUUUUUCCGACACUGAGCACACCCUCCAUCGGCCUAAUUUUAAGCACUUACUCAGUGAAUUGCCCCCGACACGUAAUCCCCUUAAAGAAAAAGCCUUCUCUGAAUACGACGUACAGCGUUUCAUUGUAUGCAGUAUUGGGUGUUUUUACCAUGUGGAUGCUUUUGUACACCCGCCCUGUGAGUUACACGUCUUAUCUCCUCUAAGGAGUUAAAGGUAGGAAAUAUGUCCACAAAUUAGCAACAUCUAAUUUCUUGAUAUUUUUCUAAAGUAUUAAAAUAACAACCUUUGGGAGAUCACGCCAAGCCUUUUAAUCUCCUAGCUUUAAAACGCUGACAAGAACUUGGAGAAAUGUUCUCUGCGUUUCGUUGGAAUAGUUACGAUCUACCGUGACAGUUGAUUCCAGCUUGAUUACUCAAGGUAUCGGGGACUGUUUACCCGCAGAUCUUAGGCUUUUGUCUUCUUUUGUCCCAUUCUAUAACCUUAGCGUGCUUAAAAUUAGAUUUUGCAUACAUUGAGCAAAGUUAAGUGCUGCGAGUAUUUAUUUUGCUAAUGUGCCUACCCGCAGUACCAGUCAGCUGUGUCUUUGCUCCCAGCCAUCCUCCACCUCAUUACAGACACCUAGUACGCUCCUUCCGCAUACAGUAAUGAGCCUUCCUGCAGCCCGGUCUUCGGCGCUGAAUUCGGUUUAAGAGUGUAGCACGUCUUUAUGGACUACGGGCUCUGCCUCCUCUCCCCCUUUCAGAUGGCUCAGCCAGUAAAGAAAAUGCUAAUUGAACCCCGCCAAUAAUUUUUUUAAAGGCGUGUAUAAAUUAACCUGGAAAUAACGGCCUCGUGGAGGCCAGCUGCCUGGCCUCAAAAAAUAUUUUUGUUUUCUUUUCCAGGAGAGGGACUAAAUGUUUUUGACAGGAUGUUUCUUUAAAAAAUAGAUUUCUCUACUAAAACCAGUGCCAGAUUAUUCUUUUUUCCAAAACCCAAAAAGAAGAAACACGGAGAGGUCUCAGCAGACACGUUGGUUGACGUGACAACGGCCACUUGUUUCCGGGGACACAGGACACAAACUUGAGGACGUUUUGCUCUCCUCCUCCGCCCAGCACGAUUACAAAGAGCUGAUUGGCAACUGUCAUUUGUGUCUGUUCCAACCGAUGGGUGGCUGUCGCUCCCUCUCCGUCCCCGGGGACGGGGCCGACGACGGGGACAGCGGGAGCGAGGGCAGAAGCGGGAGCGAGGACACCAACGUCUGCGAGAAGUGCUGUGCGGAGUUCUUCAAGUGGACGGACUUCCUGGAGCACAAGAAGGGCUGCACCAAGAACCCGCUCGUGCUGAUCGUGAAUGAAGAUGAGCCGGCACCGCCCUCCGAGGAGUUUCCGGAACCUUCCCCGGCCAGCUCUCCCAGCGACCGGACGGAGAGCGAGGCCGCGGAGGACCCGGCCCCCCCAGAGAACGGCGAGGGCGGUGAGGGGAGGGCCCCGGAGAAGGAGGAGGAGCCCAUGGAAGCCGAGCCCUCUGGGGACAAGGGCUUCCCGAACCCGGGCCCCUCGCACGCAGGGAAGCAGCCUCUACCUCAGAUCCCCGAGCCAGCGCCGGUGGCCGCGUACAGCAUGCCCAACACCAACGUGACGCUGGAGACCCUCCUGAGCACCAAGGUGGCCGUGGCGCAGUUCUCCCAGAACGCGAGGGCCGCGGGCGGCGUGGGGCCCGGCAGCGGGGUGACGGCGGUGGCCAUCCCCAUGAUCCUGGAGCAGCUGAUGGCGUUGCAGCAGCAGCAGAUUCACCAGCUGCAGCUCAUCGAGCAGAUCCGCAGCCAGGUGGCCAUGAUGAACCGCCAGCCCCUGCGGCCGCCGCUGAACCCCGGGGCGGCCGCCGCGGCCCAGAGCACCCCGGUGCCGGCCUCCAGCCAGCUGCAAGGGCUGGCGGCCCACUCGGCCCUGCAGCUCUCCGCCGGGGCGCCCGCUGUGCCCGCCGCCCCCGGCCCCGCCGCCCAGCCGGCGGCCUACGAGGGCCCCCAGCACCUGUCCCAGCCGGCCGCCGGGGCCAGCGCCCCGCACGUCCCCGGCGGCGGCCCUUCCGUCCCCGCCGAGGCCGGCGGGCCGGCGUCCUCCAGCGCGGCCCCCGCGCCCGCCGCCCCGGCCUCCAGUGGCAGCGCGCAGCCGCAGAACGCCUCCACGCCCCCCGCCCUGGGGCCGGGGCCCCCCCUCAGCUCGGCCCCCAGCCUGCCAAACCCACUUCUACCUCAGACCUCCGCCGCCGGCAGCGUCAUCUUCCCCAACCCGCUGGUCAGCAUCGCGGCCACCGCCAACGCGCUGGACCCCCUGUCCGCCCUCAUGAAGCACCGCAAGGGCAAGCCCCCGAACGUGUCGGUGUUCGAGCCCAAGGCCAGCGCCGAGGACCCGUUCUUCAAGCAUAAGUGCAGGUUCUGUGCCAAGGUGUUCGGGAGCGACAGCGCCCUGCAGAUCCACCUGCGCUCCCACACGGGCGAGCGGCCCUUCAAGUGCAACGUCUGCGGCAACCGCUUCUCCACCAAGGGCAACCUGAAGGUGCACUUCCAGAGGCACAAGGAGAAGUACCCGCACAUCCAGAUGAACCCCUACCCCGUCCCCGAGUACCUGGACAAUGUGCCCACCUGCUCCGGGAUCCCCUACGGGAUGUCGCUGCCUCCAGAGAAGCCGGUGACCACCUGGCUGGACAGCAAGCCCGUGUUGCCCACGGUGCCCACGUCGGUCGGGCUGCAGCUCCCGCCCACCCUCCCUGGCGUCGGCAGCUACGCGGACUCCCCCAGCCUCACCCCUGCGAGCCGCUCCCCGCAGCGGCCCUCGCCCGCGUCCAGCGAGUGCACGUCCCUGUCCCCCGGCCUCAACAGCUCCGAGUCGGGCGUCCCCGGGACCGCCGAGUCCCCGCAGCCAGCGCUCAGCGGCUCCACUCUGACCAAACCCGAGCCCGCGAGCCUGCCCGGCACCAACGGCAGGGCAGGGGACGUCCCCGCCGGCGGGCAGGUCUCCGCGGCGGCCUCCACCGCGCUGGCAGACGGCAGCAUCUGCACGGGCCUCUGCAGCCCCGUGCUCCCAGCCGGCUCCGACCAGUUCAAGGCCAAGUUUCCCUUCGGGGGGCUGCUCGACUCCAUGCAGACGUCCGAGACCUCGAAGCUCCAGCAGCUGGUGGAGAACAUCGACAAGAAGAUGACGGACCCCAACCAGUGCGUCAUCUGCCACCGCGUGCUGAGCUGCCAGAGCGCCCUGAAGAUGCACUACCGGACGCACACGGGGGAGAGGCCGUUCAAGUGCAAGAUCUGCGGGCGCGCCUUCACCACCAAGGGCAACCUGAAGACGCACUUCGGGGUGCACCGGGCCAAGCCGCCCCUGCGGGUGCAGCACUCCUGCCCCAUCUGUCAGAAGAAGUUCACCAACGCCGUGGUCCUGCAGCAGCACAUCCGCAUGCACAUGGGCGGCCAGAUCCCCAACACGCCGCUGCCCGACGGCUUCCCGGACGCCAUGGACGCCGAGCUGCCCUACGACGACAAGGCCGCCGAGGCCCUGAGCGGCUACGACGACGACGCGGACGAGAACUCCAUGGAGGACGACGCCGAGCCGCGGGAGCCGGCCGGCGACCCGCCCAAGCCGCUGCGGCCCUGCUCGGGCUCCUGCCCGCCCUCGCCCCCCUCCGUCAUCUCCAGCAUUGCCGCCCUGGAGAACCAGAUGAAGAUGAUGGACCCGGCCGCGAGCUGCCCGCGGCUGGCCGCCCUGAGGUCCGUGGAGAACGGGUCCGGGGACAGCGACCGCCUGAGCAACGACUCCUCGUCGGCCGCGGGCGACCUGGAGAGCCGGAGCGCGGGCAGCCCGGCCCUGUCGGAGUCCUCGUCCUCCACGCGUGCCCUGUCGCCCAUGAACAGCCACAGCGAGAGCUUGCACUCCAAGUCCCCGGGGCUCAGCGCCCAGGAGGAGCCGCAGGAAACGCCGCUAAAGACCGAGAGGCCGGACAGCCCCCCCGCCGCCCCUGAAAACGGAGGCGCGCUGGACCUCACGGCGGCCCAGCCCGGCCGGCCGGCCGUCAAGGAGGAGGCCCCCUUUAGCCUGCUGUUCCUGAGCAGAGAUCGGGGUCCCGGCCAGACCACCGCUAGCCUGGUCGCCGGCCCCGCGCCCGCCGCCAUCAAAAUGGAAGUGAACGGGCACAGCAGGGCCAUCGCGCUGGGCGAGGGCCCGCCGCUGCCGGCCGCCGUGCAGGUGCCCCCCGGGCCCCCGGCCGUGAUGGGCCCCGGCCUCGCGCCCAUGCUGGCCCCCCCGCCGCGCCGGGCGCCCAAGCAGCACAACUGCCAGUCGUGCGGGAAGACCUUCUCGUCGGCCAGCGCCCUGCAGAUCCACGAGCGCACGCACACCGGGGAGAAGCCCUUCGGCUGCACCAUCUGCGGGCGGGCCUUCACCACCAAGGGCAACCUGAAGGUGCACAUGGGCACACACAUGUGGAACAACGCCCCCGCGAGGCGUGGCCGCCGCCUGUCAGUGGAAAACCCCAUGGCUCUGCUAGGUGGCGACGCUCUGAAGUUUUCGGAAAUGUUCCAGAAGGAUCUGGCAGCACGAGCGAUGAACGUUGACCCCAGCUUCUGGAACCAGUAUGCCGCGGCUAUCACAAACGGUCUCGCCAUGAAGAACAACGAGAUCUCUGUCAUCCAGAAUGGCGGCAUUCCCCAGCUCCCAGUAAGUCUCGGCGGAAGUGCUAUCCCCCCCCUGGGUUCCCUGACCGCUGGGAUGGACAAAGCGCGCACCGGCGGUAGUCCGCCCAUUGUGAGUUUGGACAAAGCAAACUCGGAAACGGGAGGCAGCCGUCCGUUCACGAGGUUUAUCGAGGAUAACAAGGAGAUCGGUAUUAAUUAGCUGUGCUCGCGGCCUGGCCCGUCCCUCCGUCCCACGCGCACACCGUCCAGCGCGACCGUCAGGCUGUGCAGCCGUGCGUCCGAGUUCUCCUUAAAAUUUUACCCGUAGUAGAAAAUGCGUUCACUGUGUGGCUGCCGGAAGGUUGUCUCGUAAGCUCUGCAUGGUACUUCUUUCCACGGUGAGCUGGACUGUUCUUGGGGACCCUGUAACCUCCUAAAUACGUUUAAGUCAAAAAGAAGUCCUUGUAAAACCGCCUUGGGAAUGGAAAGGGCUCAGACCACACCCGGUUGGUUCCUCCCCGAACCUAAUACCGUCCCCCCCCCCCCCAGAGGAGAAAGGGGUCGCCUGUGCUGUUCCAGCGACACUCACUCGAAGGUUUUGUUCGAAUUAGUUAGAAACUUGAACUCUGUUUUUAGACUAUUAACUGAAAGAUGUGGUCCGGUACCCCCAGCGCUGUGUCUUACGGCAGUACCUUUGUCUGUAGUAUUUAUAAUGUUAAGAUUAUGCGGGUAACAGAUAAUACAGCCCCAACUUUAAAGGAAGCUUUUGUACUGCAGAAUACAUCUGGCCAUGUGAUGAUUUUUUUUUUUAAAGCAGAAUUUGUUUUACUAUAAAUAAGUGAGUUAUUUCAAUGCAGGCAAAUCGUGAAGUUACACUGGGAAAGACGGCAUGCUCUCGUGUGCAAGUACCUGUCAGUGACCACGCUUUUCUUCUGUUUUUCUUUUUUUUUUUUUUAACUUAAAUGUUUGUAGCUGCUAUGUGGACAAUUGUUCCCUAGUGUGGUCUGUAGCCCAGCGACUGGGAACAAGUUACAGACAAACGUCACCGUAAAUUAUUCACAACAUUAUAAGCAGUUGUGAGGAAAUAUUUCACGUUAUCAAAGCUGUACAAUAAAAAGGUAAUGUUUGUAUAAUGUGGUUGCAAACUCUUAAUUUAUACUAUUGCACUUUUAGUAUUUUGUAUUAGAGAGGUUUGUCUAUAAUUUGAAAACUUAAAAAGAUGUAAAGUAUUUUAUAAAUAGUACUUUGGUUUAAGGAAAAUGAAAAACUGUUACAGUUUCUUGUUUUGUCUUAAGGUCAAACACCAUGAGAAAUCUGUGCCACUGAGACAGAAAAGCCACCAGGAUUUGUCUGUUCCUCAGUCAACUAGGGCCUGCCACUCCCUAAAUUAAAAUGAUUUAUUUAACUUUUCUACGAAGCCCGUUGAAAAGCCUGACCACCCCUGACACAGCUUUGAUGAAUUAAUCGUAGGCCCGUGGCACCGAAACGGCGGGAACUCACCUAGAGACCGCGUGGGUGCCAUUUCAGUGUCCUCUCUUUUCUUCACACGCCCCGGACCAGAUUUCCACCGCUCCCCGUGUGCAGUAAGGUGGGGAGAGAUAGCAGAGGUCUGGCGGUGUCAUCAGUGGUAACUGGGACCUUGUCUGAGUCCCGAUUUAUUUAUUAUCUUCUCAGAUGAGAACAAAGCACAAUGUCAUCUAACUACUCAAAAUCCAGCCUGAAGCUGCUGACGAGGUUUGAGUUGCUUGGCGCGAGGCAGGGCCCCGGGGCAGGGGGGGUGCUGGGCGGCGGGCGGGGUGGGCACCUGCGACGCCGCGGCCCGCCUUCUACCUCAUUCUGUGCGUUGGGCGGCCUGUCCGGCCGCGUCCCUCCCGAGAGGUCGCGGGCGGCUGGGUGGCGCUGGGGUCGUGCGCCCCGAAGAAGGGACCGGACGGCAGGGACUUCCCGGCUAACGUGGAGAAGUAGGACGAUGUUCCCAGCACAACAGCCAGUCAGGUCGUGACCUUGAACAGAAACAGGUGCGAAGACUCCUCAUCAGCAGACUGAGCUGUUUCUUCCCGUCGGAUGGAGCAUGGUCCCCCCCCUCCCCUCGCCCAGCUCUGCUUCCCGCAGCCAGAGGGGCCAUCCCUUCUCGGGAGACGGGGCGGGGGCCUCGGCCCGGCCACGUGGCACUACUGGCCUUCAGCGGUUGAAUGUUUUUAUUAUUUAUGUGUCCUCUUUGGUGUGAGUUUUGGGUUUUGGUUUUGGUUAGUAGUUGGUACCGUGUGAUGCUCUCUCUUCUCCCAGAAGGAUGUGUAUAUAACUUAAGGGAAAAGAAAUGUAAAGCGUUGUAAAUAAGAUGGCUUGUGAAGGGACCGCGAGACGCGCCCCUGCGUCUUCAGGACCAGGCCGUCCCUCUCUGCGUGGUGAAGAGAGACACUAUUUUUCUAUGGCAGCACCAUGUAGGGCCGGGGCCCCGGAGCCAGCCGGCGCUCUUACCAAGAUCCAAUAUUUUUUAUGAUAAACCUGUGGCUCGACACAUCUACUGAUUGAAAUGGAUGUCUUAGUCUAGGUGACUAUUUUUGUCAUAUGGAAAUGAAUAAAAUGCAGGAUGUAAUCUUAUCUCUGAAUCGCGUUCCUUGAUUAUUCAAAUGGAAAAAAGUGGGACUUGAGGUUACGGUCGUUAAUGGUGGAUGUAUAUCCGUGGUGUUUCUCCGAGGAAAGUCAACGAGGGUUGACAGCUUAGAUUUGAGCAAUAGCUAAAUGUAUCUCAACUGGUCUGGAAAUUUUUAUUUUUCACUUUUUUCUAAAAUAAAAAUGCAGCCUCCUAA